ACCUUUUAAAGCUAAAAAAGUAAAGUCUCUUUGUCUCCCUAUCCUAUCUUAAGCUAAGUUUUUUGUUUUGAACUUCCUCAAGCUAUGUCUUCAAUCUUCAUAACUCAGCAUUUUUAUAACUCAAAAAUACCUUCAAUCAAACCCAAACACCUUUAUGACUCAAAAAUGGCUUCCACUGUCCAUUUGUUGCCAUCUAAAUCCCCUUCGUCUUCCAUGGAAGACCCAUCUACGAAAGCCACCAAGGGUAAGCGAGCGUCGUACUAGGCCCAUCUCAAACCGAUCCUUGCUCGGAAUCUAGAGAGCAAUCAUAUUCCUUGUGCAAUGCAGUCUUCAUCGCCUCAAAUCUUCCAUAAUCGCUGCUGAGCACUUAAAAGAACAACUGCUGCCCCAAUUCUUUGCUCUGUAGGGAUUUUGCUUUGAUUUUGAAAUAUAGGGUUCUAAGAUUUUUAGUUUUUUUUUUCAAGUUUGAAGGUUUAGGAAAUUUGAUCUAGAAUUGGGACUUGGGUUUCAAAUCAUGUAUAAGGUUUCACAAAAUCACAAAUGAAUUUUAGGAUAUCAGUGUUCAGGUUUGAAGGAGUUAUUGUAUGAAAACAAAUUUUGUACAUAUUCUAUACAAAUUAAAUUUGAGUUUGGACUUUUAUCAAUUAUUUUGCUUUCUGGGUUUGUGCAGAUGAAGUGUAUUUUUAGUUUGAAAAUAAUUUUUCUAUUAAGUAAAAGAAUCUAGAGCAGGAGAGUGAAGAUGGGGUUCUUAUUUUUUUAUUUAUUAAUAAUUUUUACCUAAAAAAAUGAAAGGUAAAAUUUCUAUCAAGUCCCGCUUUCUGCCUUUCGUGACUGUUUUGCUUUUGUUUGUGGCCCACUGCCACGUUUCUCUUUAUUGAUGGUUCACGUGUCAUAUUAUGUCAGAAACUACCAAUGUUAGAUCCGAGUACACAAUGAUAGACUGAAGAAAAGUACAGGUAUCAAGAUAAUAAAUUAAAAAUGUAGGUACUACAUUGACAAUUUCGUUAAUGUACAGAGGUAAAUUUUGCUAUUAUCCCUCUAUUUUUUAUUAUAAAAAAUAAAAAAAAGUAUUUCUAUUUCAUAAAGGAAGAGAGAAAAGAAUUGUUGGGUUGAGAAAAGGUUGAUAUGGAGCGAGGGGGGACCCGGCCCGACCCAGAAGAUGCCCUAAACCCUCUCUCAGCUCUGUUGGUUUUACGAGGUUUGUUGUGGCAACUGGCACUGUAAAGCCAAGACUGAAAAGAAAACAGCAUCGUCAACCUCAACCUCGCUCACUCACUCACUGCUUGAGAUCCUCAGCUGUUCAAAACUUUUCAACUCAAUAACCUAAUGGCUGAUAAGCCAGUUUAUGAAGAAGCCUCCAUCGACGGCCAACCACCCAAGCUUGCCUCGAUUCCCGCCAGCGACACCACUGUCUGGGCCGACGCUUCGCCUCUCCUUCAAGCCGCCUGUGCAGGUCUUAGAGAUGGAGAGCUCAUUCAUGGGGACAAUUUCAACCUUUUUGCUGCCAUGUCUGCUUUAGAGAUAAUGGAUCCAAAGAUGGAUUCGGGUAUUGUUUGUACAUAUUAUUCUAUUGAUGAGGCCAUUGAAAAUGGUGCUGCUCCUAUUCCUAUUAGCCUUGACAGCACCAUUGAUGUCCGCUGCACCAUUGAUAUCAUGGACCAUCUUCUAGCUUGUGAGGCAGCAUGGCAUAAGGGUCAUUCCUUGGCACAAACUGUGUUUUCUUGCAUCUAUCUUCUGAGGCUUGAUAGGACUGCUCCACAUGCCUUAUUGCAUUCUUAUUGCAGAAUUAUACGCGCAACCUGCAAGGCAGUAGUGUCAGUUGUUUCAGAUGCCCGCACACAUGAAGAGGAGGAUCUUUUCACCAUGACAUAUGGUCUUCCUUUAAAUGGGGAUGGAGAUGAUAAGUGCUUGUCAAUAUUGAAUGCUGUUGAAGAGACAAUAUCUCGCCAGUUACGUGCAUGUAAAGCUACAUCAUCGAAAAGAAGACUACCAGAAGAUUUGGAGCCAUUACAGUCCAACCCCAAUUUGGAAGAAGGAUUCUGCAAAGCUUUGUUAUGCCGCUUACGUUUUCGUAAGCAUUUUUUCCAUGUCCUUUCAUGUAUGAAACGACCCCAGGGGAGGGGUCUGGAGUCUGCAAGAAAACAUAUAGCUUCCUGCUUGACUGAGCUGGAAUCCAUUCUAAAAUCAGCGGACUUUCUGAGGUCUUGUUUUGAUGAAUCUUGUGAAGGUGAUAUAGAUGACAAAACUACUGCUUCAGGUUUUGAACCAAUUGGAUUUGAUGCUAUGCUAAACAGUAGAUUAUCUGCCCCCACACCACCACGUGCAAUUAAAAUUCUUAGUUGGAAAAAGGCGGUUGAAUAUUUUGUAAAACUUCUUCAUGAUCUUGAUGUUAUUUGCUCUUACUCAUUGGAUCCUCGUUUAGAAAGUCUUUUGCGCUUUGUGGUUCAGUUCCAGAAAUCUCAACCUGAUUUGGUGGCACGAUCUCAUCUGCAGCUUCUAUUGGUUCAAGAUGGGAAACUCUAUGGACGUGAUCCUUUCUUUGCAGUGAUAAAUAAAGCUGCUGCAUUGCCUGAAGCCACCAAAAACCAUGAUAUUCAGAAGAAUGAAUCUUUUCUGCAGCUAGGAAUGUUGGUAAUGAAUUUGCUCAAAAUACUUUGUACAAAUGCUGCCUGGCAAAGGCGUAAGCUCGGCAAAUUUUUGCAAGAUUGGCGUGUUAUCUAUGUACAGCUUGAGCUUGCUUUCAGAAACGAGUAUGGAGAAGUCUCAAGCAGUUCAAAUGAUGAGAAUACAUGUAUGAAAAUAUUCCAACAUAUUCUCCUUUGGGUGGAAGAGCAAACAUACUGGAUAGCAUUUCGAUUUCUCAUAUUGGGUUUUGAAUUGGAACUUUAUUCUACUGGUGAAUACUGCAUGGUAUAUUGGUACUUAUAUGCUGUCUUAAUCAAGCUCACAGAGAAAACUCAUCUUAUGAUGGCUGUCAGCCAUGACACCGCUAAACGGAAGGGGAAGAAGAAAAAGGAUUCUCCUAAAGAUUUGGCUAGAGAAUCUCGGAUCCCACCAGCAGUCUUGUUCCUUCAAUGCUAUAUAUGUCUUGCUGAAGGACUUACAAUGAUGCUUGCUGCUUUGAGGAAUGAAAUCCCAGUCUUCCACAGUCCAAGCCCUUUUAAUACCGAGCACGAGAAAUUUGUUCAGCAUUUUGAGCUUUUACAAAGAGCCUGCAUUCCUGAUCAUGUUUCGUACCCGUCAUACAAAGAAUCAACAACUCAUGCUCGCUUUUCUACGCUAGCUAUGUAUAAUUACUUCAAGGAUGCUCAGAGGAUCGCAAAGGAGGUGAAGAGUAGCUUCUCCAACGAUCCAGAGAGGUUAGCCGAACUCCGAAAAUUAGAGCAGGUAGCAGAACACAACAGUGUUGCUCAAAAUGUCAUUUGUCGGUUAGGAGCUCUUGACCCUUCACUUAAGGUGUCAUUUGAGUUCAGCCAUCAUCCAUUCUUUGCCACUGUUGUUGUCAAGAGAUCUUAAAGGUGUUUGCUUCUUUUGAUGAUCUCUACCAAUUUUGAAACACACAUACUUAGGAUUAAGAGGCAUUUGAGUCCCCUGGUGUAGCAAUUGUAAUAUUAGCAUGUUUUAAGUCAAUGUUCUUAAUUUUUACUAUAAAGUAUUAUAUGAAUAAUACAAUUGGAAAUUAAAAGCUAGAAAAUAAGCACAUUAUUUUUA